AUGGGUGCACAGUUGUCGAAAAUUAAUUUAAAACUUAUUGAAUUGACUACAACGGAUGAUUUAACAUUGAGUUCUGAUACGAUUGUAUCAAGUUAUGGUAAAGAAGAUAUCAAUUUAUUCUUACCAAUAAAAUUUACUACUGAUACAAAGACAAGUUUGAUUCUAUCAGAUGAUGAUUGUCGAAUAUUUAACUAUGAAAAUAAAUUAAUAAAACAAAUUCGAAAUCAUCUAUCAUUAUUAACAAAUACAACCGAACAAAUAGCAAUCAAUGAUGAAAUUGAUCACAUACUUAUGAAAGAUAUUUAUGAAUUAAUCACUAACCAAUAUCAGAGAGCAAUGAAAGAUAUUCAACAUAUUUUUAACACCAAAGAGGAAUUACAGAGAACUAUCAAGGAAAAGUUGGAUAUAGAUAAAAAUAUCGAUGAAUUCAUUUCUACAGUACCAUAUGCUACUACACGAGUAGAAGAGGAAAAAAAGAUUGAAGUCACGACUACGACUAGCAAGCAACAACAGGUAGAUGUUGGAUUUCAAAAAUUCCUCGGCUUUAGUUUACAAAUGUUAACAUCGGUAUUAUUAAUUCUGAUUAGAUCUGCUGAAAAGAACGAUCCUAGUAUUAUUAACCAAAUGUUGACUCUAGCUAAUCAAUUUUGUGAACAAAUCCCAAUAGAACGUUUAUCAUCAUCCAUAUUAUCACCGACUACACAUAAUUUGUUGUGGAAACCGUUGCAACCUUUAACAAACUAUAUAAAUGAAUUAUAUUUAUCAGAAGAUCAACAUGUAUCAAAUCAAAGUAAAGUAGAUUCGUCAGCAACGUCUACCGAUGAAAUCACUACAGUCUUUGAUGAUCAUCUCGAAAGAACACUUAAUAGUCAAGGUCAAUAUGCUCAUUUGGGCAGUACAGGAAAAUUCUACUGUGGUAGUACACUUGAUGGACCACAGUGUAGCUGUUGUAAUGGUAUAUGUGGACCAACAAAUGGCUGUAAUUGUUCAGCGUGUAUGUUACUUGAUGUUCAGAAACGAGUUUUGUCUCGAGGAUGGCUUGUCAACAGUGACGGUGCAUCAGCACGAUGCAGCCAAGUGAUGCCAACGACAUUCUAUUGUGGUCGACAGGUUAUGCCAGAUGAUGGUACAAGUGAUGGAUAUUGUGGACCUACCAAUGGACCACAAUGUACAGCAUGUCAAAGAUUGAAUGAACAGCAAAAUGAUCGCUAUGGCGCAAUUUGGACUGUCCGAGACGAUUCAUCAGCAACGUCUACCGAUGAAACCACUACAGUCUUUGAUGAUCGUCUCGAAAGAACACUUAAUAGUCAAGGUCAAUAUGCUCGUUUGGGCAGUACAGGAAAAUUCUACUGUGAUGGUACACUUGAUGGACCGCAGUGCAGCUGUUGUAAUGGUAUAUGUGGACCAACAAAUGGCUGUAAUUGCUCAGCGUGUAUGUUACUUGAUGUUCAGAAACGAGCUUUGCCUCGAGGAUGGCUUGUCAACAGUGACGGUGCAUCAGCACGAUGCAGCCAAGUGAUGCCAACAACAUUCUAUUGUAGUCGAAAGGUUAUGCCAGAUGAUGGUACAAGUGAUGGAUAUUGUGGAUCUACUAACAGAUCACAAUGUGAAGCAUGUCAAAGAUUAAGUCAACAACGACGUGGUCGAUACAAGCAUAUUUGGAUUGGUCAGUAG